AUGGAGGUGCCGCGAGCGUGCGUGCCUGGCCGGGAAGGCAAGAGAGAGGAGGAGGCGGCCGCAGAAGGGGAGCCAACCCUGAGCCCCAGAGUGGCUAUUUUUAGGCGCCUAUCUGAUUGUUACCGGUGUGCGCACAGCUGGGUGUCUCCCUGGCUCGGUGCAGCCGGACGGGCCGAAGGGUGGGAGGGCCUCACCAGUGACUUCUUCCUGGUGUCGCCGUCUGUGGGCGGGGACUCGUGA